UGGUACAGUGUGGAGCAGUCGUGUUCGUACCGCGUUUCAUAGUGUGUUUGUACCGGUACGCUUAUACGACGUUUCUCUUCCUCUUUUAGUUUCAUCAUAGUGAUUCUCGUGCACGGUACUCGUGACAAGUGACUGUUUCGAAUCUGGUAUUCGAUCGAAUCCUCUGCUGACACAUUGCGAAACAGUGAAAGGCGAAGAAGACAAGCAAGGAGAACGACGACGAAGGACGAGCAAGGAGAAUCCGCCUCGCCACGUUUAUCACGAAAAACUGGAAGUUCGGCGCGUGGAGCAGGAGCCAGCUGCUGUCCGAGGCGCGGACAGUUUCCCGGAGCGGCGUCAACGGAACAUCACGAGGUGCAAUGAGCUAAUGGCGUAACCGGGAACACGAGGCCCCGAAACCUUGGCCUCGAGUAGCCCGCCGUGACCACCGCAUCGGCCGUGACGCCUGCACCGGUGUUCACUCACGUGUCGCCCAAAACACGUCCCAGUACGUGCACGGGGGUAACGUGAUCGUCGUUCUCACCGGCGACAUGUCGUUCUUGCUCAGCCGAGGCGGCCGUAAGGGGCCCAUCAUCUGCUUCGUCGGACUUCUUCUGAUCUUCGCCCUCUACCAGCUAGGCAUCAUCUGCGGCUCGAUGAAGUACGUGCCCACGGCCAUGAUGGUCGCCAAAGAGAAAUACGUGGUGGGCCCGUUCGAUCACAAGAGGUACACGUACGAUCGUUAUAUGCCGCUCAUCUUCAUCGGUGGGGUUCCACGAUCAGGCACCACCCUGGUGCGCGCCAUGCUCGAUGCACACCCCGAUGUCAGGUGCGGCCAAGAGACACGAGUGAUACCGAGGAUCCUACAAAUGAGGAUGCACUGGCUAAAAUCUGAGAGGGAGAAUCUGCGACUUUCGGAAGCGGGUAUUUCGAAAGAAGUAAUGGAUAGUGCUAUAGCAGCUUUCUGCCUGGAGAUAAUAGCGAGACACGCGGAGCCAGCGCCGCGGUUGUGCAACAAGGAUCCCCUCACUCUGAAGAUGGGCUCCUACAUCCUCGAUCUCUUUCCAAAUGCCAAGUUUAUCUUCAUGAUCCGCGAUGGCCGUGCCACCGUGCAUUCCAUUAUCUCGAGAAAGGUGACUAUAACGGGAUUCGACCUGUCCUCGUAUCGACAAUCGUUGAUCAAGUGGAACCACGCGAUAUCGACAAUGUACGGCCAGUGCAAGGAAAUUGGCUCGGACAAAUGUCUAAUGGUUCCAUACGAGCAACUGGUGCUACAUCCGCGUCAAUGGAUGAAAAAGAUUCUAAACUUCCUGGAUGUUCCUUGGAACGAGUCUGUGAUGCAUCACGAGGAAUUCAUAAACAAGCCAGGCGGCGUACCCUUGAGCAAGGUCGAAAGGUCGUCGGACCAGAUCAUAAAGCCGGUUAACCUGGAGGCACUGACCAAGUGGGUAGGCCACAUUCCGGACGACGUGGUCAGGGAAAUGCCUGACAUCGCACCGAUGCUUUCUGUCCUCGGCUAUGAUCCUUAUGCUAAUCCGCCGGUGUACGGAGCGCCGGAUAGAUUGGUUAGCGAAAACACUAGAAGGGUGCUAGCGAACGGUGAAGUAUGGGCUGCCAGGGCGCGCCAGUUCUCUCUGGAGAAGCUUAUCGAGCUGAGUAAAGAGGACGAGGCCACCAACGCUCUAAACGCGUGACCUCGGAUACAUCUUACCCUAGGCACGCGAAUCUUAAACUUGUACAAUUUCUGUAACGUCUAAUGACGGUCUUGAGAGAGCCAGUUUGUAACGAAUACUAUCGAAAGAUCGCCGAUGAAGUGCGAUCCUGUCUCAUCCGAAGUUGCUUCUCUAGGUCAGAAUCGCGCUCGAUCUUUUGUCAAGAAGAUUCGAGGACAGCAAAUUGUAACCUGAUGAACGAAGAGGGACGCAAUGAUCCGUCUAGUUUAAGGUUGACUCUCGAUUAUACGUACACGCCCUGUCUCGACCCAUAGACAGGAGCUGUAGAUUACUGUGCAAUUUUUGCAAUCGCGAACGUGGUUGUUCUCUUUGUAUAUGUUAACCAGUAGAUGUUCAACUUUGAUUCGAAACGUGUGCAUAAUAGCCUGAUCGCUUCACAUGAUUCAGUUUCACUCCUUUCGAUGGAUCCUGCGACACCAAGAUUCCAUAGUUGAAUGCAGAUUCGCUGAAUCAAGCAAAUUGUAAGUGAAAGAACAAACUGCCAUGCUAGAGUUUUUAAUCGCCAUCUCGUUUUGUUUGUUUCCUUUCAUUACCGCAGUCGAUGUACAUCUCGGCGAGUUUUAUGUUGAAAAUACUAUGUUGAAACAGUUUCGGUACAAUUUCAUCCG